AUUAUUUUGUGUAUGGUAACUUCUUUGUACCUCAAGAGGGGUGCUCAGACAUUCCCCUCAAUUUUUAAUUUUAUUUUAAGUUUCUCUGGAUGAUAGCUUUAUACCCUCCUUCUGACAGAGGACAGUAAUCUUUUUCUGAGUCUUGGUGCCAUUUCUCUGCUGUGCAGCAGCCUUCCUUCACGCAUCAUGUAUUUCUUUCUCUCAGGACUGAGCAAAUUGCAGCUGUGUUUGUUUCUAGGCCUGGACUGUGACACCAACCAAGAUUAAAGCCCAUAUCUCCUGUGAGAGCAGGAAGUGUCAGGGAAGCAGAAGCGGGCCCAGAUUUCAAGAGAUGAUUAAAGUUUUACUAGAUGUUGCAACAGGUCUCUUCCUGCUCACUUCCAAAGGCUAUUUAUAGCCUGGUGAUACAACUGCUUGGGUCACUCGAGGAAGCCCUGCACUGGCCUGUCUUCCACUUAGCUCUGCUGCCAGAGGCAGGCUGGUAGGAGUGUAAAUGUAGAUACAUCUGCCCUUAUUAGCUCCCUAAUGCUCAGAGAAAGGAAUAUCCCCACUUCAAAUGCACAUCUGAAGAUGAAAUAACGAUAUUUCAUGUAGGUUUGGAUGGGGUUUGUGUUACAGACCUGCUGAGGCUGCAGCCAGCCCCUGGUGUGGUAGAUGAGCAGUCUGGAGGCUUGCACUGGCUAUCGUCUGGUAACGUGGCAAGCUGUUCUAUGUUUUCUCUUAUUAGCUGCUAGUCAUUCCACAGCCAGGCUCCAGCUACCUCUGUAAGAGUGUAGUUUGCCCUAGUUUACACUGAAGUGUGUGUCACCGUGUGCAUCAUCUCUGGAGUUGCUUCUUAGUUCUUCGGAACAUUGUCAUGCAGCUGGACUGUAAACAUAAGUGGUAGAUGGAUGUAAAGCCUGUGUGGCUGUGCAGGUCUGUAUGAAGCAACAGUGUAGUAAACCCUUUAUUUUCCCUUUUACUUUCCUCAGUGACACCACAGCUCUCUGGCCCAACCUUGGUACAAGUGGCCAAGCAGCCAAGAUGGAUUUAUAAGGCAGAAGCAAUAGACCAGGUGACAGAAAUAAAACUGCUCCUUCUCAGGAUCUAGAGAAAGGACUCCUCCCUGCCAGCCCAACCAUAGCCACAUCAACUGCUGGUUUCAACAAAAGGAUCCUAGCCCAGGCGCAUGGCUAGCUUGCCUACAAUUUUGAAGGUAGAGGUCCAGAACUAAAACACCAGCCUCUGAAUCUUAGUGUUUAGCUUGGCUGCUUGUGGAAACAAGGGAGCAAUUCCAUUGCCCUUCCCCAAAACUUUUAAAUCCCUUUGUAAUUUUCUUCAGGGGCAAAGGUUUUGAAAACAAGAAAUUCUUGGAGUGAAGUACCCCCAUAGUAGAGGGAAAGGCUACAGUGUGACCUGAUGCUGUCAAACACUAAAGAAGAAUGUGUGGGAGGAAGGAUGUUGCAGAAUGCUUCACUUGAUGCGUUUUACUGGAUGGGCUGAUUGUAGGAAAUUGAAAUCUCUAUUGAGGAACUCAGGUGAAAAAGUUCAGGGGGCAAAAGAAUUCCUUGUGCCCUCACGGGAAGCAGGCAAGUUCUACUCUCUGCCUCAGAGUCCUCAGCAAUUCAAGCAGCUCCUCAUGGUUGGAGGCGUAGACAGGUACUUUCAGGUUGCUCGCUGCUACCGAGAUGAAGGCUCACGGCCUGACAGGCAGCCUGAAUUCACUCAGAUAGAUAUAGAGGAUGUCAUUUGUGAUCAGGCGGGAUUCAGAGGUGAUAGAGGCCUUCUGCAAUAUUCCUGGCCUCAGGAAAGAGGUGCCGUUACGACUCCUUUCCCUUCCAUGACCUAUGAGGAGGCACUGGCUGGCUAUGGACUGAUACCAGACACCCGUUUUGGGAUGAAGAUAGUGGACAUCAGUGAUAUUUUACGAAGAUCGGAUGUUCAAUUUGUGCAGAAUGCGCUCAGUUACCCGCGUGGCACUGUCAAAGCUAUUUGUAUCCCUCAGGGAGUGAGAUACCUUAAAAAUAAAGAUCUGGAGUCAUUAAAGCAGUCUGCAAAAUCCCAGUUCAACCAGGAGGUCAUGGACAUGAUCUGCAGGCCUGAUGGAAGCUUGAAGUCUCUGCUUACAAAACUUCUUGGCAAGGAGCAGCAGUCGGAGCUCAUGCGAGCGCUGAACGUGCAGGUGGAUGAUGUGGUGCUGCUGGCAGCUGGAGAACACAAGCGAGUGUGCUCUGCAUUAGGAAGCUUACGGUUGGAGAGUGCUGACCUCCUGGAGGCAGCUGGAAUGAUGCUCCGUGAUCCUACAGCUUUUCACUUUCUGUGGGUGGUAGAUUUCCCACUUUUCCUCCCCAAGGAAGAGAAUCCUGCUGAAUUGGAAUCUGCUCAUCACCCCUUCACUGCCCCUCAUCCUGCAGAUACCAACCUCCUCUAUUCUGACCCCACAAAGGUCCGUAGCCAGCACUAUGACCUUGUGCUGAAUGGCAAUGAAAUCGGAGGCGGCUCCAUCAGAAUUCAUAAUGCAGAACAACAACGUUUUGUGCUGGAGAAGGUGCUGAAGGAGGAUUCAGAGGUGCUUUCCCACCUGCUUGAGGCUCUGGAGUUUGGAGCUCCUCCACACGGAGGAAUUGCUUUGGGACUUGACAGGCUGAUCUCUCUCAUCGUUGGUGCUCCAAGUAUCCGGGAUGUCAUCGCUUUUCCUAAAUCAUUCAGGGGACGGGACCUGAUGGGCAACGCUCCAGACUAUGUCACUCCAGAAGAAUUAGAGCCAUAUCACAUCCAGGUUUCCUGGCCUGUUGCAGAAACAGAGGCAAAGAAAAACUGAUUUAUAGCCAGUGGUGUGAGCUGAGCUGUUUAAGUAGAGAUGGUUCCAACUUCUAAUACUAGAAGGCAGCUCAGAAAACAUGAGCUGUUAUGGGAGGGUCAGGGGAAUACAACCCCGCUGUGCCAUGGCGGUUUCAGAAUUGAAUGGGGAACAGACACGAGAGUUCUCCUGAUAGGAAUUCACCUUUGGGUUGGUAAUGGGAAGGAGAAGCAGGAAAGUGGAAAUUAAAAAAAAAACAUAAUUUCAGCAUAGGAUGUUGAGACUGUUGCCUUCAGGGUGUUAUAUUGAAGGUGGGAUUUCUUUUUCCACUCCCCAGUUUUUACAUGUUCUUUGUAAACUGUUUUUAUCACAUCUGGAAGAGAUUGUGUACCAGCUUCUCUGGGAGACGUUCCUGUAUUCCUGAUAAUCACUGAAUCCCUGUUAGCUGAGAACUGUUACAAUAGGGUAGUGCUGUGCUGGGCAGAGCUCUGGGUACAUAAUAACGAGACUUGAGUGCAACCAGCAAUUUGUCUCUUGCUGGGGGAUACAAGAUCAUCCAGAACUUGCCAUAGGGAGUUUGUAUUUGGCAGUGUUUCCUAUUCAAAGAUGGGGAGAGGAGCAUGCAUGGCAUUUCUAACAGUUGUCCUCACAACGCUCAUCGAACAGGAGUUAAUCUGUCUUUGGGGCCUGUGGUCCUGCCACUUUCAGAACUCUAGUUCUGAAGUUUGUAUCCUUUCUAAAUAAAGUUUAUCUGGCGAUAUGA